ACUGCGAGAGAAAGGUUGGACCUCGCCUGAGGGAUGCUGUACCCGCACUGAUAGAAUUGGCCUGCCACAGACACUGGUAUUUAAGUUGAAGAGCAGAAUUCACAAUGAUUCAGCCGCAGAGAGUUUUAAUGGCAAUGAGACCGUGGGACACAGUUCCAAUGCUUCAGGGGGAACACACUGCAGGGAGAUGGCAGAAACCAACAGUAAUGGCAAAACAAAUCUGGAGCAGGAUGAGCAGCCUCUGAACCUGAGUGACAGUCCCCUCUCUGCUCAGCUGACUUCAGAAUACAGACUAGAUGAUCACAGCAGUAAUGGAAAGAACAAAUACAAGACUCUCCUAAUUUCUGAUCUCAAGAUGGAACGGGAGGCAAGAGAAAAUGGAAGCAAGUCUCCUGCACAUAGCUAUUCAAGCUAUGACUCUGGCAAGAAUGAGAGCGUAGACAGAGGUGCCGAAGAUCUGUCUUUGAAUCGAGGGGAUGAGGAUGAGGAUGACCAUGAUGAGCAGGAAGAUCCUGAGAAGGUUAAUGAGUCAGAUGGGGUAGAAGCUGAGCGACUGAAAGCUUUUAAUAUGUUUGUCAGGCUGUUUGUAGAUGAAAACUUGGACCGAAUGGUCCCAAUCUCUAAGCAGCCCAAAGAAAAGAUCCAGGCUAUCAUUGACUCAUGCAGGCGACAAUUCCCUGAGUAUCAAGAGCGUGCCAGAAAGCGCAUACGUACUUACCUCAAGUCCUGCAGGCGGAUGAAAAGAAGUGGUUUUGAGAUGUCACGACCUAUUCCCUCACACCUUACUUCAGCAGUUGCAGAGAGUAUCCUGGCUUCCGCCUGUGAGAGUGAAAGCAGAAAUGCUGCAAAGAGGAUGCGGUUGGAUAGACAGCAGGAUGAGGCUACACCAGCUGACAAACAGUACAAACAGGAGCCAGCCCAGGUCACUUAUUCAACAUCAGCUGUUUCCAGCACACAGGAGGUGUUGUACAUCAAUGGAAAUGGGACCUACAGUUACCAUAGUUACAGAGGGCUUGGAGGUGGGCUGCUAAAUCUCAACGAUGCUUCUAGCAGUGAUGUGCAGCCAACUUCAACUACAGCCACAACUCAGCACUGCAUCCCAGGCUCCACGAACGUCCAGUCUCCUUCCAACUCAGGUCCAACAGAUCUCAGUAUGAAGAGGCAGUUAGCAAGCAGCUCAGGCUCCUCCAGCAGUACAAGCUCCAGGCCCCAGCUGAGCCCCACUGAAAUCAACGCUGUGAGGCAGCUGGUGGCAGGGUACCGGGAAUCAGCUGCCUUUUUAUUGCGUUCUGCAGAUGAACUGGAAAACCUGAUUUUGCAGCAGAACUGAGUCAUGUGACCUACACACCGGCCUGGUCUUAUCUCAGAGUUUCCACUAAUGACAUUUUGAUUUCCCAGAGCACACACUUCAGUUACUGCGCAGUCUUUUAGGAGAGUUAAUUACCAUGAUGCCACACUGUUCUUGAUCCAUAAAGUGAUGUGUUAAGGUGCUUCAAGUGAACUUCGACCUCUGGUAUUUCUGAGGUACUUUACUGUGUCCAGCCUAUUGCUUUUGUUUUAGUGUGUCAGCAUAAAUAUCGAAACAGUGGCUAGAAAUUAACUCGUUCUAACACGUGGAGGAAGCAGAAGAUGCUGUGGUGUUUUUUUUGAAAAAUGGUUCAAGAUCCAAGUGCAAUAUUAGUGGAAUGUGACUCAUUGGACUUAAAGCUGCAGUAUAUGGCAAACUGUUGCCAAAUGUCCUGUUGCUACAGGGCACAAUUGCAAUUAAAAGGAUCUUGUAUUUUAAAAAAAUGUAAUUUUUAUAAAAAGCAAAACAAAAGAUUUUUUGUUUUCAUUCAAGAUUUUUCAUUUUUACUUUGGUAAACUUUUUCACUGGUCCUAAAAAUGUUUUGAGGAGCUAUUGUAAGUCCCCCUUCCUCUCUUGAACCCCUGACUGUGCCCUUUUCCCCAACUUCAUAUUCUUUCUACAGUGAGUAACUCUUGAUGCUGGAUAAUUCUCCCCUGUGUACUGUAAAUUGUCAUCUACAGAAUACCUUCCAAAGGAAGCAUGCAUUUCCUGCAUUCAUACCAUUCUCAGCUCCAUUCUGUAAUAUAUUGCAGCUUUAUUAGCAAUUAAUAAAAUGUUGAGGGUUUUUUAAAAAAAACAACAUAUCAUUAAGAAAACAAAAUGAGAAGUUGAUUUCUUACAGUGAGCUCAUCUAACUCCAUGAUCACUGCUGCUUUCCUAAACAAGUCCCUCUAGUUGUGAUUGGAUAUAGGUGAUGAAUGUUAAGAGGUUGCAAGUGACAAUCUGAAAAUUUGCACUCUUGUGUGUAUUUAUUAUUUUUUCCUUAAUUUAAACAAAAUUCUUAUGGAGGAAGGUCUCUGACACUUCUGGUAUGAUUUGUAUAAUGCCCAGGCCUAGCUAAAAACUGUACAAAAAUGUAAAUGGAUGCAGCUGCAACUAUACUGAAACUCUUCUCUCCCCUCCUCCCCCCACUCUUCCCAACCCCUCUAUUUCUUAUUUUAUAAUAUUGAUUACACAUUAAUGGUGUUUUCUUUGUGCACUAUGGCAGGUUUAUUUUUAAGUAUAUAGAAAAGGUAAUUUAGUUUAUGCUUAUUGUACUAUCUGUUCUGUUGUUUGGCUUUUGUUGAAUAACAAUUUUCUUGUGCAUUCCUAAAUUUGCCUUAUUUCAUGUACAAAAUUUUAUGUAAUUCCAUUUUUUGACAAUGAGUUUAAGGCAUCGGUGAUAUUUUAUAUCUACUUGUUACAUAUAGUUUUCCAAGUAAUGACUGUGAUUGUGACCAAGUAAUGUGCACUUUUUCUUGUAACUGUGGACAUUGCUAUGCUUUUUUUUCUCUAGUGUUUCUAGAAUUACUGUUGCUUACAGUUAUGUAAAAGAAAAAGAACUUUUGUGAUACUGUUGGUGAAUAUUAAUGUGAAAAAGCCUAUGAAAUAUGAGUAUUUUGAAGGUACAUAGAUACACAAACAUCUAAGUUGUGAACUGAUGUUCACAGAUUUAAAUGGGAAUUCAAAACCUGAGGGCUGGAAUCAUUUCCUCUGUUUCGUUUGGGUAAAUAAACAUAUUUCUGUGUUUAACUACAUGAUUGUGAAACAUUAUAACAUUUAAAUUGCUAUAGCAUUUAAAGUUAUAAGAAUUAUUCUCUUUAGACAGGGAAAACAGACUUACAGUCCAAUUCACACAGACAGCCAAAGCUCAUUUCUCAAAAUAAUUGGGUAAAUCCAGUAGGCUUAUCUAGCUGGAGCUUUGUUUUAAUGAAGAAUUUCCUCAAUAAG